AUGAACCCAGCCAACAGAAGAUCUAAGCCAAAUGAUAUUUCGAAAGCUUCUGGUCUGCAGUUUGUGACCGUCGCAGGUUCGAAACUAUUCAUUUGCUUCAUUAUAAUUCAAUUUUUCAGCUACAAAGCCUUCAAAAUUGCCACAGAUUGAUGAAGAUCGAGAGGUAAAUUUUCACAAUUUUUCGUGUUUUCAUUGUUUCUUAUGCAGGAAAGUCUGGAGCACAGUACUCUAUACAACAUCAUUCGAAGUAUGAAUUUUCUACCUCAAUUCGAUUCAAACUAUAUUCAACAAGAGCCUUCCGUUGAAGUUCACGAUGUGUUAUCGAAACUCCCUCUUUUUCUUUGUUCGUACCAAAAAGUUUGGCUAGCGAAAAGCUACGCCACUGUAGGGACUAACUGUUGAAAUGUUCUAACUAGGUUACUGUUCAUGAUUUAAGCUAUUGUGGUAUCUAAUCUUGAAGAAGAGUGCUCGAAACAGAGAAUAACCAUGUAUUGAGCGCCAUGCGAUGCAAAAAAAAAAAGACAAUCUGAGGAAUGUCAAAAAAAAACUUAGGAGACUCUGAUCUUUCAAUCCGAGAUUUCGAAGAGAGAAUAUUGCCAUGUUCUGAUUAUUUUCGAAAAGUCACAUGAAACAAUUUUUUAUAAGCGCUCUUUAUCGGGAUUACCAACCACAAAAGUUUAGACCCACAGUUUUUUUUCCAGUGGAAAGAUUUCGACAGUUUUAAUUAAUCAUUUUAAAUCGAUAUUUUUCAAGGAUUUUUUUCCAACUAAAAAUCAUUUUUCCAUAUUUUUUAGCGCAACAGACUUUAUCGGUUCCAAAUAUGAUCAACGAUCCGAUCAGCACUCCUUCUCAAUCCUCUUUGCGUUAGUUAUAUUUUUUUUUUGAGAGAUGAUUUUUUCUCUUUCAGCCGAUAUCAACACUCAAGAAGAAGCCUUUCCUUUGUUGGACGCCGAAAAUCUCAGCAAUUCGGCCAGAGCCGCCCUUGAGAGCUUCAACUUUGCUUUUUCUUACUGUACGUGUCCUCGAAUUCUGAUUUCAAUUCGGGAAAAUGUUUUAGCCGAUAAUGUGAACAAACCAAAACCGAGACGCCCGAGGAAACAGCCGAAUCCGCAGCCCAUCAUUCAACUCCCUAUGCCGCGCCCAAAAGGUCAGAACUUUUCGUAUCAUUCGGCUCUUAUAUCUGCGAAAUCGUUAUAAAUUUGUUUUUAAUUUAGUCCAAUUUGUAUUGUGUCUUCUUUUGGAGUUUUUUUUAAACUAUUGUUUUUCAAUUCGUCAAUAAGUCAAUUUUUUUUCCAGCCAAAAGUGUUUCCAAAGUGCCUCCCGAGCGGCGAAGAAAUCGAGUGAAGAAAGUCAAUCUCCCCACUCCUCAGCCUGAAGGGCCGCAAGAAAGCAAACCAGGAGGCUCAGUUGGUAAUAUUUUCAUGAAUUAUGUAAGAACCUUAUAUUAAAUUUUUUUCUCACAUAAAUCGUGAUUGUUGAAAGAGAUCAAUUCUAGAAAAAUGUUAUCAUUUCCUUUUCGUUUUUCAGCACUCCCUCCCGUCGACAGAACUGAAGGAGUACAUCCAGAGCUUCUAA